AUUUUUUCAGGCCUGUGGAAUCCUGCGAAAUGAUUCUUCGUAAUAUUCUUCCGAUAUUUCCGCGUUUUGCUGGGGCUAUUUUCUCCAAGAGAAACAUCAGGACCAGCGCAGUGUUCAAGGCGUCGACAGUCUUGGUGGAAAAACUUGGUGAUGUCGUUUGCAUUGGCAUCAAUCGACCCGAGAAGAGGAAUUGUGUGGAUGUGAGCACAGGAAAGCUUUUGAGAGAAGCUUUUGAAGAAUUCGAUGAAGACCCGGAAUCUCUGGUCGCAGUGCUUCACGGUGUAGGAGGCAACUUCUGCGCCGGCUUCGAUCUUGAAGAGCUAUCCAAAUCCCUCGGAAAUAAUUCUGUCACACUGGACGACCUACUCGAUGGUCCUCAUGGAUUAAUGGGUCCGACAAGGAUGAAGAUAAAGAAACCUGUGAUCGCUGCCGUGAAUGGAUAUGCCGUAGCUGGUGGUUUAGAACUCGCACUGAUGUGCGAUUUGAGAGUAAUGGAGGAAAACGCGAUAGUGGGAGUUUUCUGUCGACGAUUUGGUGUACCGUUGAUCGACGGAGGAACUGUUCGGCUGCCGGCGAUUGUCGGUUUAGGGCGAGCCAUGGAUUUGAUAUUAACUGGACGGGCAGUUGGUUGCAAAGAGGCUUUGGAGAUGGGACUGAUUAAUCGGGCCGUUGCUGUUGGAACAGGCCUUGGUCAAGCUGUCAAUCUUGCUCGAGCGUUGACCAAGUUCCCCAUGGAAUGCAUGAAAGCAGAUAAGAUGAAUGCGUAUUGCUCAAUUCUUGGAAACGAAGAUGGAAUGAAGGAGAAAUUGGACGCUGAACUUUCCCGUGCUCGAUACGUCAUUCGUGAGGAAAGUGUGAAGGGUGCGACAAAAUUCGUAGAAGAAAAGGUUGGACGACACGGGAAAUUCUCCUUGGAUACCAAAGAAGCCAUUGCGCAGAGAAGAACUCGUCUAGGGGAUCUCAAUUUGGAACGACAUGAUUAGGUUCACGGCGCUUCCCUUGCAAAAAAAAAUGACGAUGUGCCCAUGAUUUGCAAGGCUUCAUUAAAUGAGCGGAAUUUCUUUUCGUGA